AUAACGAGGCCCCGUCCCCGCCUCCGGCCUGGGCCCGGCCCGGCCCGGCCCCAGCUCCACCUCCUCUCCCUCUUCCCACACACCCCCGCCCCCCCACCCCGAUCCAGACGCAGCUCAUCCUCGAGGGCGGAGAGAGGUGGCAUUUGAGUCCUCCGGUAUCCCAGCAGGCAGUGCAGCCUAGAGACGCUGACAAAGGACCAAAGGAGCAAUCGCAGCUGCUUUCUGAGGAGCCGGUGUUCCCGAGCCCAGCGAGUACUCCCCCCCUCCCGCCCCCAGCGAACAACUGGAAGGAAAUCGGCGGGGCUGAAGCGAGGCGUCCCGGGCUGGCUUCUGUUCUGCUCUCUGCCUGGAGGGCGAUGAAAGUGAGGGAUUGCCAAAAUGCUUCGGACUUUUUAACUGAAUCUAAGAAAAGUCCAGAAUAGACGAGACUGUGAAAACAGAAGCUGCAGCAAGGGGGGAUUAGUGCCAAUGCAUCAACAAAAAAGACAACCAGAGUUAGUGGAAGGAAAUCUUCCUGUUUUUGUGUUUCCCACGGAGCUAAUAUUUUAUGCAGAUGAUCAGUCAACACAUAAGCAAGUGUUGACUCUCUACAAUCCUUAUGAGUUUGCCUUAAAGUUCAAAGUUUUGUGUACUACUCCAAAUAAGUAUGUUGUCGUUGACGCUGCAGGUGCAGUAAAGCCUCAGUGUUGUGUGGAUAUUGUGAUUCGUCAUAGAGAUGUUCGAUCCUGUCACUAUGGAGUAAUAGACAAAUUUCGUCUCCAAGUUUCCGAGCAAAGCCAGAGGAAGGCUUUAGGAAGGAAAGAAGUUGUUGCUACUCUUCUUCCAUCCGCAAAAGAACAACAAAAGGAAGAAGAGGAAAAAAGAAUAAAGGAACAUUUAAGAGAAAGUUUAUUCUUUGAGCAGUCAUUUCAACCAGGAAACAAAACUGUCUCCUCAGAGCCUAGUUUACUAACUGUCUUCCUGGGAUUGGUGUGCAUUGCAGCCCUAAUGCUUCCUACACUGGGGGAUGUGGAAUCCCUGGUACCUCUCUAUCUCCAUUUAAGUGUGAAUCAAAAAUUAGUGGCUGCUUAUAUUUUAGGUCUUCUCACAAUGGCUAUACUUAGAACAUGAGCAAGGAUUUCAAUUGACUUCUGAAGUAAUUAUAUCUUUGAAAUAUCAUGAAUGUGGACUGCCUUUAUCUCUGUCUCACUCCAUUAAAAUGCUAUAAACUAUAGAAUGAUUUAAAAAAAUUGCAAAUAUAUAAUAUAUAUUUUAAAUUACUAUAAUUUUAUUCAAAGGACUCUAGCACAUUAUGUUACAGACAGCAAGGAUGCUUCUGAGUGACACCUAUGAAAUUAUUUGAAGAAAUUCUUUUUAUAUCUAUACCUAUCAUGCAAAAGACUUUAAUUAAAACAACAUUUGUUAUUUUGUCAUCUUUUUCUAGUUUGCUUUGAUUGUUAGGGUCAUGUGUCCUUCAAAGCGAAAGGCCUAAAAGAACAAACUGACCAGCCUAAAAAUAAAAAUUACGUUUAUUUCUUGGCUACAAGGAUCAACGUUACUAUGUAAAUUAUACCUUGUCCUCUGGCACCAUCAACAGUUGCUAUGGUAUUUCUAAAGUAAGCGUUUUACAGUUCAUGCAUGGAGGUUCAAAAAAGCAUAAGGUACUGAGGGAUCAUGCUCACCCUAGGGUCUCAUCUGGUGAACUACAAAAUAGGUUGUGGUCCAGACGCCAAGUAUGUGGGUGGUUUUUUUUUUUUUUAAGCCCACUAGAAAUAGGGCGACCUCUCUCUUUGGUCUAAGAGUUCUAAAUGAAGGAAGGCGUUUGUUUGGCUUGUAGAUUCACCCUGGCUUUCUGCUAACAGGGAGGAAAAAUUUUAUCUUUUCUCCCCAGCCCCUUUGCCUGACUGACUGUAAUGACUUGCCUAAACUGAGAUUAUUAGAUGCUGUGUCGUUCACAUGGAGAUUAUUUUCUCCUUUAAACUCUAAGCCAAGUAUAGAAAAUCCUUGAUAUCUGUGUCUAUUUUGUAUCAGUCGCUGAGACUUUUUAAGUUUUUAUUUAUUAUUAGAACAACUUUACCAAAAAGAAUCCCCUAAGCACAACUAUUUACAUUUCUUUAUGGCCUCUUCUGAUCUCUGACACAAGUAUGCAGUUUUAACUGUUAUCUUUUGACUUAGAAUUUUUAUCUGAGAGCACAAUGCAUUAUGAAGAAGUCUCUUGAAAAUCAUCUUUCAGAUAUUUUUACAGAAUGAACUUAUGCACUGCUACUGUAGUAUUCUCAAGGACUAUAUGUAAACACAAAAUGUAUGCCUGAGACUGGUUUUUGUAGGAAACAGGACUUUGCUUCUAAAAAGCUUUCAUAGAAAAUUCUCUUGUUUAACCAUUUGGGGAGCAUAAAUCAUUAAAUGGAUCAUGUCUGUACAUUAUGUAAUGACUGAAAAGCACAUAAAUGUAAUCUACUUUGAAUUUUGUAAAAAAAACAAACUGUAGGUUAUCCUUGUUUCUCUAUCUCAAGUCAUUUGUGUUGUGUGUAAGUGCACACACACGUUUGACAACACAUUGUAAAGGACAGAAAUUACUUUUAAAAAAUAAAAGAAAAUGGA